CAUCCAGCCCCGCCGCCCGCCGCCCGCCGUCCGCCGCCAUCAGCCCGCCACCCUCCUCUUGCCGCCAGCAGCUCCUCCGCCCACCACCAGCCGGCCCCGUGGCAAGACGCCAGCAGGCAGCCGCCAGCAGCCCCGCCACCUGCACGAACGGGCGCCUGCGUCCACGAACGGCCGCCGCCUCGACGACCGAUCGCCCGCCACGUCGACGAUCCGCAGGUCACCGUCACGUCCACGAUCCGCCCCCUGCACGAACAAUAAUGCUUUUGAUGUUUAUGCAGUACAUGUACUGGGAGAAGGUCCAGCCAACUUCAGUAGAAACAUUCGAUCCUUUGUUGUUGGAGUACCCAUUGAUGGUAAAUUGGUCUGAAAUGGAGGCUAAGAAGCGUGACAGUUACGACACAGAGAACGACCGUGGUCAUGGCACGAUUGAUGAUUUAAUAAGCGAACAAUAUAGACAUGCCAGAAUAGCAAAAGAAGCAAUAAUCGAAGAGGAAGAUACCGAGCCACCUACACCUAAAGGUGGAGGCAGAACUAGAAAUGGUUGUAAGCCCACGGCUUCAUUGAGCAGAGCCGGUACGAAAGAACACGUCAUGAAAUGCAUACGAGAUAUGCAGAAAGAGAUACGUCUAAUUCCUGAGAAAUGUGCUAAGAUAUUGCUCGAGAAGCUAAGUAAGAAGGGUUUGCUGGUGAAGCGAAGUGGGGACUUCCGUGAUGAGCGCGCUUAUGAGGACGAAAGUGAUGAGUGGGUGACAAAGUACAAGCCAAAGUAUCAUACGGAAGUUACUUCAUCUCCUUUGGAAGAACGCGCGGAGGAGAAGAUGGAUGCAUCCUUCACGGGUCCAAAUGGUACGAACUUUCCCAAUGACAAAGGCAUGCAGUCCAGUACACCCGAUAAAGGUGAUGAAAACGACCCCUUUAUUAUUGAGGACAAUGGUUCACCAGGGAAGCAUCACCAUCAUUAGGCACGAAUGAUUUUCCUUCACUUACUAGAAACCCACAGAAAGAAAAUGCAGUAUCAGUCUGGUCUAGCGCUGAAAAUUCAGCGGAAGGUAGUUACCCUAGUCUGACAAGAAUCUGUACGGACGCGAUUAAUAAUGGGACUAAGGAGCAUGAUAAUGGGACUAAGGAGCAUGAUAAUGGGACUAAGGAGCAUGAUGUGAAGCGGAAACGCCAAAAGUCAAAGUAUUGUCUGUCCCCCUACCAGCAGGACGGUCCACGCAAACGUGUGAAAAAAAGUCUGUUUCGUAUACGUGAUGUUCUCCUUAGUACGAACUUUAUGGAUGAGAAUCACAUAGAGGGCGCGAGGGUUUAUAUCGACACGCUAGCACACUCGCCGAAGCAUUGUGCACAGACUGUGGUCCACAUGACGGAAAUAGGUGGGGAAACGUGUACGGCGGAAAUGCUUCAAGCUAUCACUUCGGGCCAGUGGUUGAAUGGCGCAGUCAUCAAUUGUUAUUCGAACCACUUGCUGACUAGUACUCCUAUGCUUGAUCGGCAUGUUCUAACAUCAUGGGUGUCACACUGCCUUAUACAGCGCGCUGAAGGAAAGCUGAAACACUCGAACAUGAACUACAUGGAAUUUUUCACAAAAGAAUCGAAAACUGUGUCAAGAGUAGUUGACGAGUACUUCGCAAAAGAUAAGGCAUUUUUCCCUCUAAAUGUGAACAAGAAUCAUUGGAUAACCAUUGUCAUGCACAAUAAGAAGGAAGAGUUUCAAGUUCUAAAUUCUACUGGUAAAAUAAGCAAGGCAGUUCAUGCGAAGAUUGCUUCGAUGAGGGCAGAAAUUGCUGUAGAUACAAAUCAGGUAAACUCUGCUAUAGGUACACAUCAUCCAGAUGUGUCUAAAUGGCCAAUACAGGAGUACAAAAUGCCGAGACAAACAGACGGAGUGUCUUGCGGACUUUUCGUGAUGAAAUGCAUCGAACUCUGGGAUGGGGAUGCCUUCAGACAUGACUUUGACCAAGACGAGAUCAAUUCUUCAAGGGGACGCAUUCUCGCGGAAAUACUUUUUUCAGAGAGCAACACACUUACUAGGGUGAAGGAGAAGAUUCUGAAAAUUAUGGAGAAGGAAUAAGUGGGAGGAAUUGUGUAGGGUUUUUGCCCCCCACAUGAUUAUGCCUAUUUGGUACCAUUUCAUUAUUGUAAUAAUGGCAGAAUUUUGGUUUUAGCCACGUAGAUGAUUAUGCCUAUUCGGUGGUUUGGUGAUUGAGACAAUUUUUGCUACUGUUACAAUCGAUUAUGCAUCGCUACUGAUUUUCUAUUUGAAGUGAUUAUGCCUUGUUCCUGGGCCGGCGCUAAUUCACAGGAGAACAACCAGUGGGCCGGCCCGUAGCGCGCAAAAGAGCUGUAGCGCAAAAACGGCCAAAAAAUGCAUGCGUCGCGCGGAGUCGAACUCAGGCCACAUACAACGCAAGGGAAUGGCUACCACUGGACUACUAGUGUACUUAUGAUUUAG